UCGUGACACGGUGACGGACCACCGGACGGGAGGCUUCCAAUUACGAAGCAUUGGUCUAUUGCAAGUGAUAUAAGUUUUGGUCACUCCUUUUUUUUUUCAUUUCUUUUCUAACGCGUAAUCUCGAUCACAAGUUUAUCCUUGGACAGAUAGCGGGAUAUGAGCUACACCGAACCGUUGUGGGAGAUAAAUGGAAAUCAAGCACCAGUAAUCACACAGGAAAUGUCACAGUACGUCGGUAGCGAACUUGGAAGCUAUCCGAUGUGGGACAGUUCCGUUUUAUAUCAGCCACCACCGGCUACACAUUCUCACGUCAACGAACACGGUUUGUACAGACAGCCCUGUGCUUUAUUACAUCAAAGUCGUUAUACGCAAAAUGGCCGAUCACCAAAUCUUCCCUCAUCUACUACAAAAAAACCAAGACGUAGGGUGGCCACAGUUUCUCAAAGAAGAGCCGCUAAUAUUCGUGAAAGACGUAGAAUGUUCAACUUGAACGAAGCUUUCGACAAAUUACGAAGAAAGGUGCCAACAUUCGCUUACGAGAAACGUUUAUCAAGAAUCGAGACGCUUCGUUUGGCUAUCACUUAUAUAGCAUUCAUGGGAGAAUUAUUAGGAAUCGAGCCUAGCAGCCCAAAACCAGAAUAUAUACCACGUGAAUAUUACUUGCCUAAUUAAAUCGUCUAAUCAAAGACGAACGACGAUAGAACGUGUCUUCCAUUGAUAUUUUUAAUUUGUUUUUAUGAAAAUUUUAUAUAAAAAAAGAAGAGAGAAGAUAAAAGAAAACAAAUUUUUAUUUAUUUUCUAUGUCUAUAAUUAACUUAAUUCAUUUUUGAUGAUAUCCGAUUAAUAACUCGACUCAUAUAUAUAUAUAUAUAUGUUUCGAAAAAAGUAUUAAGUAUUUAAAUAUCUACUU